AAAAAUUAUAUAGAUGCCAUUAAAUAUUGUACAUUAAGGUUACGAUAUUAGAGCACCUGGCUGUAGUGUAUAUAAAGCUGUUCAUUAAUUAUUGUUCCAGCAUUUCUUGAAUCAUCUUCUGUUUGUGACCACCCAUUGGCCUCAUCUAUGACGAUUACAGAGCUGGGAUUUGGUAAUGGAACCAUGUCGGCAGUAGGCUUGUUAUGCCACUUGGAAGAGAUGUCUGAAGGUUCAUUCAGUAGAGCUGGAGUGUUACCUUUCAAUGCAAAGCCAGAGAGGAAAUUGUUCAAGUGCCCAAACUGUGGAAGAGAUUACAUACAUCAGAAGAGUUUGCGACAGCACAUGAAACAUGAGUGUGGAAAGGAACCUCAGUUCCAGUGCCCAUAUUGCCCAAAGAAAACUAAAUUGAAGGGAAAUAUGAAGCAACACAUAAUAUUAGUACAUAAAGGCUCUUUAGAAAGAAAUCAGCAAAGCAAAAAUUAG